AAAGAGCAGCACUACUCUGAGCAACACUCUUCCCUGAUCAACAAGGCCUACCAGACUCUGCUGAACCCUCUGAGCCGAGGCCUCUAUCUACUGGAGCUGAAGGGAGUGGAGCCAGCAAAAGAGACAGACUGUGAUGCAGACUCAGCGUUCCUUAUGGAAGUCAUGGAAAUUAAUGAGAAAUUAGCAGAGUCCAAAAACAAGGACCUCGAAGAAGUUGAAACUUCCAUUAAAGUUAAACAAGAAGAACUGACCAGAGAGGUGACUGCAGCUUUUGAAAGAGAUGAUCUUCAAGAGGCCAAGAAGCUGCUAGGAAAAAUGAAGUAUUUUGCCAACUUAGAAGAUAAACUAAAGGCCAAGAAGAUCCCUUCCUGAUGUUGCCUUGUUAGCUAUUCAGAGUUAGUGCUAUUUUCAAUUAAACAAAUGGUUCUAUUAGCAAAAUCA